AUGCUGUCGUCGCGCACUCUCGACCUCGAGAUCGAGGCGCUCGCCGACCUCAGCUCGCUCUCCAUCAACAGCGACCGCUCCAACUCCGCCUCCUCCGCCGACCUCCCUGCCGCCGUCUCCAAUGAGGACGACUCCGUGUCCUCUAUCGACCGCCGCAGCACCGCCUACCGCUCGCUCCGGAGCAUCCGCGAGAUCGACCUGCUGCCCGAUGAUGCCGUCGCGGACCUCCGCGCCAUCGCGUCCCACAUGGCCGCCGCUGGGUACGGCCGCGAGUACGCACAGGUGUACACCUCUGUCCGCAAGCCCGCCGUCGAUGCCUCCCUACGCCGGCUCGGCGUCGAGCGCCUCAGCAUCGACGACGUCUAG